AUGUUUGAAGACGUCAAUGCAGUGAUCUCUAGUGUUUUGAAACCUAUCGCCUUGUUUAAAUUCCAUCAGCCUUCCUCUUUAAAACCACGGGUUGCAUUCAAAUUACAAUCUUCAUCGGAUGAGAUGGAUAUUGGUGGUGACACUAGUGAUACAAGAGAAACAGAAGCCCAAAAUGAUAGUGGUGAUGGUGGUGAUGAAGCCACAAAUGAGAUUAUUAGUCAAACCCAUGUACGACAUGAAAACCAGAUACAAAUAUUGGAGAAGGAAGUUCAAGACAAGGAUGACAUAAACCUCAUCAUGCAACAAGUUUUGAUCAAGGUGCUUGAGAAAUUUGGUGAUCAUAAGGAGAAGAUGGAUCUUGCACUGAAAUUCGGUCAUUCUGAUGCAAGAAGGGGAGAAGGAUGGAAAUGGAGCUCAUAA